AACGACUUUGUCCGUAUCUUUCACCAGCCCCGUCGCCACAACCGCGCCCACAAGAAGGGAAAGCACUAAGAGAUUUCGACAGCAGAAGGUGACCAUGGUUCGCUGGCGGAAGGUUAUGCGGGCGCCUACUUAACUUGCAUGAAUUGUGGACAAGGCAGCGCCUAGGUCAUGAAACGCCCUGGUUAAGAAUCCCCGUGGCCCUUGCAUUUUUGUCUCAAAACACGAUGAUCGCGAGCAGUUCUACAGUGUAUCCUACGAUGGAAGAAGCAAUUAUAGUCCAUGCAGCCGAAAAACUCAUGAUCGAGACAAUGUCGCGUUACGAUCCUUCGCAUGACGCGUACCACGUCCAACGCGUUCGCAAAACGGCUUUACAGCUUGCACGAACAUAUGCACCUUCUACGGAAAUUUCACGGAAGCCUGACUUGCUUACGGUGGAAAUUGCCGCUCUUCUCCAUGAUGUACUUGACAAAAAAUACGUGUCAGCAGAGCAAGCAACCGAUCCUUACGCGUUUUUUCUCCCAUUCUUUACAUCUGCAGCCAAAGCAGGCGGUGUUGACCUUAUUGCAGAUGGAAGGGCGCGUUCGAUUACCAGAAUUAUAGAGAAUGUCUCUUGGAGUACCGAAAAGAAACUCAGGCAAGCAGGUCUUAUUGAAGACUGGCACAGAACUUGCGUUGAGCUGCAUUGCGUCCAAGACGCUGACCGUCUCGACGCCAUAGGUGCCUUUGGGAUCAUGCGCUGCGCGGCCUAUAGCACUGUCACAAAUCAUCCACUUCAUACACCAUCUGAUGAUCCUGCCCAUGCAUCGUCCUCAAUCCAACAUUUUCACGAUAAGCUCUUGCAUAUCCGAGAACAGCUUAAGACUUCUGCAGGCAAAGCAUUGGCCGAAAAGCAACAUCAACUAAUGGUGGACUUUCUGGCCGCUGUUGAGGCGGAGUACAACGUUGAAGGAUGACAAGAAUGUAUUCAUACUCUUGACUUAUAUUUUUGGUUACAGCUGCAAGGUACUAAUAUGUACACUUACAUGUCAGAUUUCCUCAGGUGCUGCUCUUGCCUUGCACCUCUCAUUGUUGAUAGCGAGAGUUCAAUAUAUCAUUCAUCGUCGAUGACGCCAGAGGGGACUUGCGUAAUUGUAAUAGAUGGUUUACUUCACCACUACUGGGCCCUUAUUGAGUCGGAGUCACUCAGAUUAGACGAUUUCUUUCAUUAACUUGCGUCUUCCGCUUACUUUCAAGUUAUGUCUCCUCUCUCGGUGCUCUCUAACGAGGGGCAUAGUAAUUAUUCAUGCAUACGUAGUCGGUUGCUUGGCCAGAAUGCAGUGGACAUUGGUUGCUUGUAUCACUUCUCCGUUGACGGGAGCUUCUCAUUCCGCAGAACCUGUUUCCGGUCUGUAUGUUUCCAGUUGUGCCGUCAACUUACCAUCACCAAUAACGAUGUUGUCUGGUU